AUGUUGUGGUCCUUUCUUUCCUUGCUGUUGCUAGCAUCCACCGCUGUGGCCACCAAUGGAACGGCUGAGUCAGACAAUACCCACCUCCACUGCCACGACUCAACCUUCAUACCAGACUUCUACCUUCUUGUGACGUACGAGAAUCAUACAGCAGCAUGUCAACACCGUAUGUCAGUCCUAGUCAAUGGCACAUCACCAGGCCCAACGCUUCGCCUUCCACCAGGCAAGACAAGCUGGGUGCGUGUCUGCAAUGAUAUGGACGCUUACAAUACCACUAUGCAGUGGCAUGGCCUCUCCCAACGCACCGCCCCCUUCAGCGACGGCUCCCCAGUCUCUCAGUGGCCCAUCGCACCCCACCAAUGCUUCGACUACGAAAUCCACCCCGAACUAGAAGACUCUGGGACGUACUUCUACCACUCGCACAUCGGCGUCCAAGCCAUGACUGCCGCAGGUCCACUGCUCAUCGAAGACGCUGCCGAGCCACCAUACAAGUAUGACGAAGAACGCAUCAUCUUCCUACAAGACUACUACAAUAAGACUGAUGAUGUGAUUGAGCACGGUCUAACCGCUACGCCUUUUGUGUGGAGUGGCGAGGUCAACGCAGUCCUACUCAAUGGCGUGGGAGUCGCAACCGGCGAGACUGCAGGCAAACCCGGCUGUACAAUGCCAGUCAUCGAUGUCGAUCCAGACAAAACCUACCGCCUACGCUUUAUCGGCGCAUCAGCAAUCAGCAUGGUAUCCUUCGGCAUCGAAGACCACUCCAAACUGUCCGUCAUCGCCGCAGACGGCCACUACACGAAACCCCACCGCGUGGGACACAUGCAAAUAACAUCCGGGCAGCGCUUCGACGUCCUCCUCACCACGAAAUCUCUCGACGAGCUGAGCGAGCUAAGCGGGAAAUCGGACUGGAUAAUUCAAUUCGAAACCAAAGACCGACCAAGCGUAUACACCGGCUUCGGGGUCCUACGCUACUCCUCUGCUUCCCCGACCAUCACCACUGCACCCGCCAUCGCGCCCUUGCAGUUAUCGAAUGAGACGCAUAGUUUCCUCGAGUACGCACUCGAGCCCCUCGUCCCUAACGGGUUUCCCAGCGCAAACGAAGUGACGAGGAGAGUCCACAUCACGAACCAACAACUCAUCCAAUCAACCAUCAUAUGGCAAUUAGAAGGGCUAAACUGGACUGAGGAUAAAUCCUACAACGCGCCUCCCUACCUCGUCGACAUCUACAAGAACGGGCCGGCGGCGAUGCCUCACUACACCGCCGCGCUAUCAAACGGUGGAUGGGACCCGCUCACUCUCGCCUGGCCAGCCAAGAUCGGCGAAGUCCUCGAAAUCAUCCUUGAAAACACCGGGAGCACUGUAAACGGCAACGGCGGCGUGGAUUACCACCCCUUCCACAUGCACGGCGGGCAUUACUACGACUGCGGCAGCGGCAACGAAACGUACGACGCCGCUGCCAACGAAGCGAAACUGAAAGACUACACUCCGGUGCUGAGGGACACGACGAACCUCUACCGCUACGCAGCAAAAGGCACGCCAGCGCAGCCAGCAGGGUGGCGCUGCUGGCGUCUCCGGGUCCAGGAUGCCGGGUGCUGGAUGCUGCAUUGUCAUAUUCUGCAGCAUAUGAUCAUGGGCAUGCAGAGCGUGUGGGUGAUGGGUGAGUAUGAGGAGAUAGCUUCGAUCCCAUAUUCUGGGGCAAGGGGGUAUCUCGACUUCGGCGGGACGGCGUAUGGAGGGGAGGAUAUAUCGCCGGUGGUGUGGCAUGAGUGGGAUGAUGGUGCGGAUGGGUAA